AUGCAUUUCAGGAACCCAACUUCAAGAAGCAACCAGUUUAAGAUGUUGAGAGGUGAGGGAAGCAAGGCCGCGUUCACAAGGAAGGAGAUAGCAAGAGGAGCAAGGAGAAUGCUUAAGACACUAACCAAGGAGGAUGAGGAAGAGAUUGAGAGGUUGAGGGAAGAGAGAAGAACCAAGAGAAGGAAUGAUCCUAUCAGCAGUGAGAGCGAAGUAGGAGAGUUUGAAAUUGGGGUGAACAUUCCACAAGACGAGAGUGAUGACUCUCCAAGUGAAGAAGAGGGUGAAGAGGUCAAUCAAGAGAUUGAGGGAAGUGAGCAUGAGAGCAAUGAGAAUGUGCCAAUGGAGGAGGCUGAAUCAGAGGAAGAGGAUGAGCUCCCCAUGUACCAAGAGCACUACAAUGCUCUUUUCUCCAUGGACUUUGUGGAAACAAGAAAGAGGGUUCAGAGGUCACAGAGGGUACAAGAGGAACCUGAGGUGCUUGUUGCUGAUACAAUGGAUGUACCAGAGGGGAAUGGAAACCCUUUGGGCAAUGGACUCGGUCGAGCUAGGCAAACUCGACCGAUUGGUCAAGGAGAUGCUCCAAACCGCCACCAACAGAGACAAGGGAUUGUUCCACCACCAGUGCAGAACCACAACUUUGAGAUCAAGCUGGGAAUGAUCAACCUUGUCCAGAACAAGAUGUUCCAUGGAUUGCCAAGUGAAGACCCCAUUGACCACCUUGAUGAGUUUGAUAGGCUUUGUGAUUUGACAAAGAUCAAUGGUGUCUCUGAAGAUGCCAUCAAGCUGAGACUCUUUCCUAUGUCUCUAGCUGACAAAGCUCACCAAUGGGAGAAGAGCUUGCCCCAUGGCACAAUCACCACUUGGGAUGAAUGCAAGAAGGCCUUUCUUGCUAAGUUUUUCUCCACCGGUCGCACAGCCAAGCUUAGAGGAGAGAUAUCCAGCUUCAUCCAGCGAAACAAUGAGACAUUCGCAGAGGCUUGGGAGAGGUUCAAAGGGUACACAAGUCAGUGCCCACACCAUGGAUUCAACAAUGAAUCACUACUCUCCACUCUUUAUAGAGGAUGCUUGCCUAGGUAUAGGGAGAUGCUAGACACAGCUAGCAAUGGGAACUUCCUCAACCAGGAUGUAGAUGAUGGCUGGCAACUUGUGGAGAACAUAGCCUAA